CGCGCGGCUUCGCGAAUGACGUCACGGCUCGCUGCCACAACAUGGCGGACUUUGAUACCAUUUACGAGUUAGAAGACGACGACGAAGACGAACGUGUCGUCAUUGAGGAGUGCUUAUCCAGAUACUGCCCGGAUCCCGUCGUGAUGCGCGGAGCCGGACACAUCACAGUGUUCGGGCUGAGCAACAGAUUCGAUAGCGAGUUCCCGUCCAUUCUCACGGGAAAGGUGGCGCCGGAGGAGUUCCGCUCCAGUGUAGGUCGCGUCAACGCCUGCCUGAGGAAGAACGUGCCGGUCAACGUCAAGUGGCUGCUGUGCGGGUGUCUCUGUUGCUGCUGCACGGCCGGAUGCAGCCUGUGGCCCGUCAUAUGUCUCAACAAGAGGACAAGAAGGUCCAUUCACAAGUUGUUAGAAUGGGAGAACAACAGAUUGUACCACAAGCUGGGCCUGCACUGGAAGCUGAGUAAAAGAAAAUGUGAGAGCAGCAACAUGAUGGAAUAUGUGAUUCUUAUAGAAUUCUUACCCAAGUAUCCAAUCUUGAGACCAGACUGAAGAUGGAACUUGCACCCCCUUUUCUACUUCAGUGCCUUGUCAGAAUGAAAAAUCAGCCCCCCCCCACCCGUGCAGCUGUACACGACACUCUUGCCACACUGUCACUUUGCUUUUGAGCGCAUUUUGCACAGCUAGUGAGACAUGCCCCCCCCCCCCCCCUCCAUGUUGCACCCCUAUUUCAUGAUGGGGUAAAAACCCAUGAAAGUGCAUUUAUACCCCCAGCAGAGGACAUUAUGGCCUUGUUUCUUUUUUAGAGUAGAAAAUGGAAGGCUAAUCCAAUGCCGUGCUGGCUUUUUGCUGUAUAAAUCCAUAUUUUGGCAAGUUUCCUUCCUUCUGUGUAAAUAAUUAACUUCAUGUCCAUUGUUUACAUAUUAAGCUGUUUAUUUGUUGUUGUUGCCAAUGAAUUGCUGUACAAUAGUUUUUCCGAGUUCGUGUGGACCUGUUUACCUUGUAAGCCAUAUACAGCAUAUGUAGUUCGAGAGAACUGCGUGCCACAGUGUUGAAACUGUUAUGUUUGCCAAGAUGGAAGAUUGGAAUCCUUCAUGUGUGUCAUUAUUCGUUUUUGUUGAGUUCACAGGUGUCAAAAGUCGAAGCCCAGGGGCUGGACAGGUCACACUAAAGCAAAAAAUAUAUUUUUUUUUCCUAAAAUGGAUUUGUUGUUUACAUCCGAGCAGAAAAUCGAAUGCAAAAUGCUUUCCCGACCAGCAUUUGCUUUCACCCAAUUCCUUGGACAAUAGUUGCUAAAAAUCUGAAGAAUUAGUGUAAAUUUGGUGAUGUGAUUAUGAUUUUUUUUAAAUGUUAUAAUUGCAAAGAUUGGAAAUACUCCACAUGAGAAGCAUUCCAUGGGAAGUAGGGGUCAUUUAAACGAAAUGUGUCAUGUUCAAGCCUAAAUAUUUUUAUCCUAAGCAGGUAGUUCUUGCCCACAUGUGAGGGCAUUAUAGCACCUUAAAAGUCAAAAACAUGUCUUGGCCAUAAUAUGGUUUACGUGGCCCCACUAGUCUAAACACAGUAUGCUGAGUAAUAUUGAUUUGGUGGAAUAAGAAUUCAAAAGGGUGAAAACUCACACUUUGUCUCAGGGUGGAGUCAUUUUGCCCUUAUACUGCACUCUGCUGUCGACUGGAAUUGAGGUCACAGUGACUUUGGGCUUGCAUUACAAACAUGGAGACUCACCUGUAUUCUGGGUUGGGCCACAUUUGGUUGACUUGGAAUUGGGCCACUUUUAAGGUCAAGGUCCUAUGUGAAAAUUCCUGUACAAAGUUCCCACUGUUUAAAAGGUCCAGAAUUUUGCAACUUCUUACUCAUACUGGCCGCUCAGAGGAAAACUAUGACUUCAACUUGGCUCAUGAUGCAAACCGAGUUUAUGACCUCCGGUUUUGUUUGACCCCAACAUGCUGUCAUUUUAGCGUCUGCUACUUGGUAAAGCAGCAGAUGGUAGUUCUUUGUGAUCCUCUUCCAUGGCGGCAUAAUUUAUACUAACUCGAGUGCCUCUCCACAGUUGAACCACAUACCCACAGGCUGAAAUUGUGUCCUGUUACCAUUUCUUCUAAAUGUUUACCCAGAUUAUUACCCCCCCCCCCCUUUUACAAAAAACAAAUAAAACUCAUUUGGACAUUU